AUGACAAGCAAUAUAACGAGCCACUCGAAUAAUAAUGCCUUUACUGAAAAGCAAUCUAAUUCAGAGCACUUUAACUUUUUUGGAUCAACCUUAAAUCAUAAACCUUCAUCAGAUCAAAAACACCACCACUACCACCACCACCAUCAACAACAACAACAACAACAACAACAACAACAACAAAAUGAACAACCGUCAUUACUUAGAGAAUCCAACAAGGACGAUGGAUUAGGAUUCCUAAGAAGUUUGCUGAGACCAAAGCCAAGUCAAGACAUCAACAAAGAAUCACACCAAACCCAUGCAGACUACACAAAAUCAUUAAAUCACAUAAAACCAAGUGCAGUUGCACCACCGCUACAGAUCACUCCUAUCAAUAAACUACACCAGACAACUGUACCUCAGCCUAUGGUUCAUUCGACCAACCAACACAUGCCUGGUCAUGGUACAACUUUGGAGACUAGACAGACAUUGAAUGCCUUCCAUACACAAUCGCAACAACAAUCGCAACUUUUAAAAGCAUCGCUUACUGAUCGUACGGGCGACCUAUCUUUACCUCAAGAAUCACCAAAUAAGAAACGUAAAAAAGAAACCGCAAAAAACUAUUUUAAGAACAAGAAGAAUAAUAAUGAUAAAAAGAAAGCUUUGCAGAAUGUUAAUCAACAAAAGACACAUCGGAUCAAUAGACACAACGACGACUGUAAAGAGAAAGAGACAAAGAUUAGAGGUGCUGGCGCUGGCGCUGGUGCUGGUGAUGAUGAUGGCUGUGAAAAUGAUGAAUGUGACUUUGAUGAGCUCAUGGCUCUAUACGAAUCAGCAGGAUCAAGAACCAACAAAGCUAUAAAGCUUCCUGGAUCAAAACCUAAAAAAAAGCAGAAAGCGAAAGCAUUACCGCUACCUGUUGAAACUACCGCAGCUAUUGCACAUAUCUCAGCUAGCACAGUCGGUGCAACAACUACUGUAAAGUCUGGUGGAGCUGAUGCAAUCAAUAGUAAUAAUAAUAAAUCAAUUGAAAGUACAUCCAACAAGAAAACCCAAUUGCCAUGUCGAUACUGGAUUCAUGGGCGAUGCCAACAAGGUGAUACUUGUCCAUUCUUGCACGAGGGUGAACCGCUGGUAACUGUGUGCCGAUUCUUCAAGACGAAUUCAUGUUAUAAUGGGGAGAGUUGUCCAUUUUCUCAUGAUUUAAAAUUAGAGCCCUGUCGUUUCUUCCAUCUAAAGGGUGUAUGUGAAAACGGAAUCGGAUGCCCAUUCUCACACGAACCUUUGACAAGAGACUUUCGGAGGAGACUUCACUUGUCAACCGGACCAUGCCGGUUCUUUCAUUUCAAGGGAUUCUGUAAUGAUGGAGAAGAGUGCCUGUUUUCUCAUGAGCCUAUCAAGGAAGCUCAACUGGCCGAAUUGGAAAGUACAUUAGAGUUAUGCAAGCAUUAUCAUCUAUCUGGCACCUGUAAACAAGGAGACAAUUGCUUCUUUUUGCAUGAUGAAGCGUCAGAGAGUGCAGUACAAAAGUUUUUGAAUUUAAAGAGUAAAAUGUGGUGCUUCUGUAUUAAAGCAGAAUAUAAAGAAAUUAAAAAGUAA